GUACUUCCGGGUUGAGCGUGCACGUGUGGUAAACAAGCAUGCAGUCGCUGUAGUCCGCUAGAUCAGUACCACCAAGACACAGAAAUGGACUCCUCUCCCCAGUGGACCGACUUACCCACGGCUCCGAGCCUCAAGAACCUCACGGGCGGAAGGUUCGGAGAGCUGAAGGAGACCCAGCACCCCGCGGUACAGGACCUGACCCGAGCCCACAUCGAGUCCUUCGACCAGGCGAUGACAGACGGACUCAGCCGCGUAGUGCAGUCCAUCCCUCCUGUAGAGUUCACCUUCAGGAAUGACCGGAUCAGUCUGGCAUUCGUAGAUGCAACCGUCUUUAACCCCUUGGUGGCCAAAGGGAGUGUGUGCAAAGAGAUGAGAGUGUUUCCAGCCGAGUGCAGAGGUCGAAGGUGUACCUACAGAGGCAAACUGGUGGCCGAUGUAACGUGGUCCAUCAAUGGCAUCCCCAAAGGAAUUAUCAAACAGUCUCUGGGUCUGAUUCCAAUCAUGGUCAAGUCCAAACUUUGUAAUCUCCACGGCAUGUCACCCAAAGAACUGGUCCAGCACCACGAGGAAGCAGAGGAAAUGGGAGGAUAUUUCAUUGUGAAUGGUAUAGAGAAGGUGAUUCGGAUGCUGAUCAUGCCAAGAAGGAACUACCCCAUCGCUAUGGCCAGACCCAAGUGGAAGAGCAGAGGGCAGGGCUACACUCAGUACGGUAUUCAAAUGCGCUGUGUGAGAGACGAGCACAGUGCGAUCAACAUGAAUCUACAUUAUCUGGAGAAUGGGACUGUCAUGUUAAACUUCAUCUACCAGAAAGAACUCUUCUUCCUCCCCAUAGGCUUUGCAAUGAAGGCUCUGGUGAAUUUUUCAGAUUACCAGAUUUUCCAAGAGCUGAUAAAGGGCCAUGAGGAUAAAUCAUUUUACAAGAGUUGUGUUUCUGAGAUGCUGAGGAUCGUGACAGAGGAGGGCUGCACCACUCAGAGCAAAGUACUGAACUAUCUGGGGGAGAGGUUCAGGGUCAAGAUGAUGCUUCCUGAUUGGUACAGCAACCAGCAGUGUGCCGAGUACCUGCUCAAUGAGUGCAUUUGCAUCCACUUGAAGUCUGACGUGGAGAAAUUCUACCUGCUGUGCCUGAUGACGCGUAAACUGUUCACGUUUGCCAAACAGGAGUGUAUGGAGGAGAACCCCGACAGCAUCAUGUGUCAGGAAGUACUGACGCCUGGGCAGCUGUACCUCAUGUUCAUGAAGGAACGUCUGAGCGCGUGGCUGGUCUCAGUGAAGAUGGCAAUGGAUAAAAGAAAAAACAGACUGAGCUCAGUCUGGACCAGUGAAAACAUGAUGAAGAUCCUCAACAUGGGAGCUGACGUCACCAAGGCCUUUGAAUAUCUGCUCGCCACAGGCAACCUGGUCUCCAGGACUGGUCUGGGCAUGCUGCAGAGCACUGGCCUUUGUGUUGUGGCUGACAAACUGAACUUUAUCCGAUACCUGUCGCACUUCCGCUGUGUGCACAGAGGAGCCGCCUUCGCCAAAAUGAGGACAACAUCAGUGCGAAAGCUUCUGCCAGAGUCUUGGGGCUUCCUCUGCCCAGUGCACACACCUGACGGAGAACCCUGUGGCCUCAUGAACCAUAUGACCUCCACCUGCAGCAUCGUGUCCCAGACUUACCCCACCACAGGCCUGCCUGCACUGCUAUGCUCACUUGGUAUGACCCCAGUGGAUGGGUGCCCUGGUCAGCCGUACUCAGACUGUUACCCUGUUGUACUGGAUGGGGCUGUGGUCGGGUGGGUCGAGGCUGAACUUGCUCCAGUUGUGGUCGAAUCUUUAAGAAGAUUCAAGGUGUUGCAGGAGAAGCGUAUCCCGGCCUGGACGGAGAUCGUCUUGGUUCCUCAGACGGGAAAGGCCAGUCUGUACCCGGGUCUGUUCCUGUUCACGACGCCGUGUCGAAUGGUGCGGCCAGUCAGGAACCUUGCUCUGGGGAAGGAAGAGCUCAUUGGAACAUUUGAACAGCUGUACAUAAAUGUGGGCAUCCUGGAGGAUGAGAUUAAGGCUGGCGUGACUUCUCAUCAGGAGCUGUUUCCUCACACAAUGCUCAGCGUUGUCGCCAACUUCAUCCCCUACUCUGACCACAACCAGAGCCCCCGCAACAUGUACCAGUGCCAAAUGGGUAAGCAGACAAUGGGCUUCCCUCUGCACUCCUUCCUGGAUCGCACUGAUAAUAAACUGUACAGACUGCAGACUCCACAGAGUGCACUAGUGAGACCUUACAUGUAUGACCACUACAACCUGGACAACUACCCCAGUGGCACGAAUGCUGUUGUGGCUGUCAUCUCCUACACAGGCUAUGACAUGGAAGACGCUAUGAUUUUGAAUAAAUCUUCCUGGGAACGCGGUUUUGCUCACGGCUGCAUCUAUAAAACUGAGCUGGUGGAUUUGGCCGAUAAAGUCCGAGGGGAGGAUUCUGUGGUUUUUGGGGCCAAACCUGGAGACCCCAAAAACAUGAACAAGCUGGACUCUGACGGACUACCCUUCAUUGGCUCCACACUGCAAUAUGGAGAUCCGUUCUACAGCUACAUCAACACCAACACAGGCCAAAGCCACACUACCUUCUACAAAAACCAGGAGUCAUGUGUGGUGGACAACAUCAAAAUUUGCAGCAACGACUUGGGCUCCAGUCAGUUCAAACGCGUCUGCAUCACCGUACGAAUCCCACGUAACCCGACCAUCGGAGAUAAAUUCGCCAGCCGCCACGGACAGAAGGGAAUCCUCAGUCGCCUUUGGCCUGCGGAAGACAUGCCAUUCACGGAGAGCGGGAUGACUCCGGAUAUUCUCUUCAACCCACACGGUUUUCCCUCCAGAAUGACCAUCGGAAUGCUCAUUGAAAGCAUGGCCGGAAAAUCAGCCGCACUGCAUGGUCUAAGCCACGAUGCUACCCCUUUCACCUUUUCCGAGGAGAAUUCUGCUUUAGAAUAUUUCGGAGAGAUGUUGAAAGCCGGUGGCUACAACUACUACGGCACUGAAAGACUUUACAGCGGUGUGAGUGGUUUGGAAUUGGAAGCGGACAUAUUUAUCGGAGUGGUUUACUAUCAAAGACUUCGUCACAUGGUUUCCGAUAAGUUUCAAGUUCGAACAACUGGAGCGAGGGACAAAGUUACUAACCAGCCAGUAGGGGGCAGGAACAUCCAAGGAGGCAUCCGAUUUGGAGAGAUGGAGAGAGAUGCGCUGCUAGCUCACGGUUCAUCCUUCCUGCUUCACGACAGGUUGUUUAAUUGUUCGGAUCGGUCGAUAGCUCAGGUUUGCGUUGAUUGCGGGAGCUUGCUGUCCCCCCUAUUGGAAAAACCACCUCCGCAUUGGUCGUCUACGAGGCACAGAAAAACGGUGUGCAUGCUGUGUGGAAAAAGUGAGUCUAUCGAUACUGUGUCCGUGCCGUAUGUUUUCAGAUAUUUCGUGGCAGAGUUGGCAGCGAUGAAUAUAAAAGUCAAAUUAGAAGUCAAAUAAAGUGUAUAAGUGGGUUUCGGAUGACAUAAUAUUCUGCAGUCCUGUAAAGCGGCACUGUGUAAAUUUUCUGAUGGAGGGAGUCUGUCUAUUCAUGAGUUUUAGCUUUCUGUUAUAUGCGACAUUUUGAGGACUUUCCCAUUAAAAAAAUAAAAUGUUUUGUACCAAUGUGUUAAUUCAUAUUGCAAUGGUUUUCAUUUUUUAGCAUUUUGAAAUCCAUGGAUGUGAAGAUGUUUUGCGAUCAGAUUCAACAAUUGUGGAUUAUCCUUUUGUACAAUUAUGAAAAUAACUUGCAACUGGUAAUACAGGAAUAUGGAUCCAGCCCCCAUCAGCACACUCUACGAUUUAAAGACAAUUACAUUUUUUUUUUGAUUUGGAAAGUGUUAUACAUAGAUUUGUUUUAUGGCAUAUUUUUGUAGAAUGGAAACAGAUAUUGCAUCAAGAUGACCCUAAUGAUCAAAUUCACAAAUGAUUUCAAGCUUAUGUUGUCUGUUAUCUUGUAUUAAAAAUAUAUGU